AUGUCAGAUCAGUCGAGAUUGGGGCUCAUCAAUGAAAAUCCAAUACAAAAUGGACUCGAUGCCUUUCGCGCCCUGUUUACCUCGAUUUGCACGAGCAGAAACCUUCCGUCUACAAUAGACACGCUUCGUCAGCUUGGUGUUGAAGAUCUCCGCAACCUUGCACUCACCCUUUUUACAUCUUUGCGAAACCUCCCAGUCUCAGGUUCGCUUCACUCGACGUCUGGGAGUGCCACCCUCCGCUCAGUCCUUCUCAGACUUAUUACCGCUGUCGCUUCGGAUAGCUUCGACUUCGAUCGUAUCAAGCCACUUCUCGAGAUAGCAAUCUCUGAAAAUACUCAAGAUGCACAAAUCUGGGACUUUGUAUCUACCGCAGCCGCCGAAUCCACCCCUCCUCCCCGAUCGAUAGCAUCUUCCCUCCAACAAACCCCAUGCAGCCAAAACACGAGCAGUUUCGUGAACUCGUCAGAAUACCGCCAGAAUGUGGAUCCUGUCCUUAAACUGGAACUCGAACAUCUAUACGUGGGACUUCCGAAUUUCCAUAAGUCUUUCUUUGGGGAUAUCCCAGAACUUGACAUGGUUUCUGAGGCGGUCUUCCGCAAGUGUACCGAAGGUGACAGUCCACUUUUCAAGGAGGGUUGGAGUGGAUGGCCAGCGGGCGCUAAAGAGAGCGACGUGCUGACUUGGAUUGGCGGCUUGAUCUCGCAGCUGGAAGCAUUUGCAGACAACCGCAUUCCGACUUCGGCGGCGAGACGAAAGCUGUUGGCCCAGCCGAAGACACCGUUGGAAGGCUCCACAGGCAAGCGCAGCAUGGAUAUCGGCUUUGUGGACAGCGACAUUAUAUAUAAACCUGACACUACGGAUUCAAGAUAUCGCUGGGCACACAUCCUCGUUGUCGGCGAACUAAAAAGCAACCCAAAGGCCGACAUAGCAUCGGCUGCAUGGAUUGAUCUUGCAAGGUAUGCAAGAGAGGUACUCGCUGCUCAAGAUACACGUCGCUUCGUCUUAGGAUUUACUCUAUGUGGGUCUCUUAUGAGGGUAUGGGAGUUCGACAGGCUUGGGGGGAUCGCGUCCGAACAAUUCGACAUCAACAAGGAGGAAGGUGGGCUACAGUUUGUGGCCACAAUUCUGGGGUUUCUGCGAAUGAACGAGGAGAUGCUUGGGUUUGAUCCUACCAUAGUAACAACCAGCGGCCAGAAAUAUAUCAAGAUCGAACGAAACGGUCAGACAGAAUGUCUUAUCAUCGACGAGGUCAUAAAGCGCGCACCAUGCAUCGCAGGCCGAGCGACAACUUGUUGGAAAGCUCAUCGCAACGAUGAUCCACAUAAUCCACUUGUCAUUAAGGACUCGUGGCAGUACGUCGACCGGGACGAAGAAGGCGAAUUGCUCCAGGAAGCAACUGAGAAAGGCGUGACUAACGUUGCCCGAUAUUACCACCAUGAGACUGUUCGUAUCCGUACAGAUGAUGAUGUUCGGAACAAUGUCCGAAAAGGGCUGGACGUCACCAAAGCUACGAAUUUCCAACCAAAACGAACACUGCCGUCGAACGUGGGCGGAACUGUGUCCCGAAUAUCACGCCAAGGGCGUAGUAGUAGUUCCGGGGUGAAACGGCCAUCAAGUGAAACGGAUGCCGCUCUGCCUCCGAGCAAGCGAUCCUAUUCAGCGUCUCCAACAAAACCCAACCUGGACGUACUGUCAAAUCGGAUACAUCGACGUGUGGUUCUUCGAGACUAUGGGGAAGCGAUAUACAAGGCAAGUUCCCGCGCAGCCCUGCUUGAUGCGCUCGAGGGCUGUAUUUAA